AUGCGCCUUAUCCAUCUGGCGCUCUUCCUGGUCGUGCUGGUCGUGCUCUUGGAGGCGAGAGGAGGACCGAGAAGAGGAGGUCCUCGAGGACGUCAUCCCGGUCGAGGGCUAGCAAAUGCUCGUCGAAGAAUACACAGUCUGAGGUCGCAGUUAAUCGCCAGAAGACGAGCUCACUUGCAUCGUCCUGGGGGUCGUGGAAUCGGGGCUAGACUUCAUGAAAGGGGAGCUAGACGGAGAGGCCCAGAUCAUCGUCCCGGUCGUUUCCACGAUUUCCGGAAAGUCCCCCGCCAUAUCCAGGAUCAGCUCGGCGAGCACGCCAAAGAUUUUUCGCGAUUUGGAAUGAGAUUCCGCAAAAACUUCGACGAAAAGAAGCUGGAACGUCACGCACAGCACUUUCGGCGUAAUAAUGAGCGUUUGCGACGGAAACGGCAGGAAUUCCUGAAGCGUCACGGUCGCCACCGCCCGCUCUUCAAGCUGGGCGAGCACCCCUACAUGCAUUUGGAUGAUGACGAGUUCAAGAGCAUGCUGGAGCCGGUCAACCAUCAACCGGAACACUCGAAUUUGUGGAAACCGAAAAACGCGCGGCGACACGGUUUUCAUGGCGGCCGUGGCGGACAUGGCCGGCGGUUUAAUAGGCAAGUAUCAGCCUCGGAAAUGCCGACAAACUUCAGCUGGGUCGAGAAGGGAAUGACGACCGACGUGAAAAUCCAAGAGACGUGCUCCUCAUGCUGGACGUUUAGUACCAACGCCGUCCUGGAAACCGUUUACGCCAUUAAAAAUGGAGGUGAUAAGCUGGAUCUAUCAGAGCAGCAAUACAACUGCGUCUACCAGCGCUCGGUUUGCGGGUCCGGAUGGCCGGAGGGCAGCCUGGGAUACGCGAAAAUGCAUGGAGUGGGCUAUGAAGCUGAUCACCCGUAUAAUACGACCGACGAGAAGUGUAUUGAGGUGAAGCCCCAAGUCAAAGUCUCUGAGUUCUACUCGCUGAUGCCGUUCGACAUGAACGAGCUGAGACAGGAAAUCAUGAACACCGGGCCGAUAGCUUUUGGUAUGUGGCUAACUGAGGAUUUCCCGCUAUACGCCGGUGGAAUUUAUACUGAACAGUGUACCGAGGAUAAGCCAAAACUCGGUGGACACGCUAUGGCAAUCGUUGGAUGGGGUGAGGAGCUCAAUCCGGAAACCAACGAAACCGUGCCCUACUGGAUCGUCAAGAAUUCUUGGGGAGACUUCUGGGGUGAGGAUGGAUAUGUGAGGAUCCAAGCCGGCGUCGAUUUAUGCAAUAUGGAGACUAGGUACCUCUGGUCUGCUGAGAUUACUGAAGACAAGGCGGAAGACCGUCCCGAAGACGACGUUCCGGAUGCGGAGAACCAGAAGCUGGGUGAGGAGGCCGACAAAGAAAAAGAGGAGGCUGAGAAGGAGGACGAUGAAGAAGACGCCAAAGUGGAGGAGGAUUUGAAUGAUGUUCUUUCUCAAUUG